AUGGAACACGGCGAUUUCCUCUCCAGAAAUCCACUCGAUGAACCUACCACGAAUUAUCCUGAUAGCAAUCCGUCCAAGAGAAACAAGUCUGUCCAAUUCGUUGAACUCCACCAGGGUUGGCUGACGGUUGAACAAAAGAGGGAUAGCGAAAUACAGGACCUUAUUAACACGCACAGCAACAAAGAACUUCCUGAAGCCGUUACCCAUACUUAUGAUAUCCGAAAAGGCAUACUUUAUAGGAAAAUUGAGCGUAACAAAAGUAGCUAUUGGCUCUCGGUUGUACCGCGCUCCCUCACUUGGACUUUAAUCAACCAUGUCCAUACAGAGAUUAAGCACCUAGGCACUGAAAAGACGCUAAACAAACUAUACGAGCAAUAUUGGUUCCCACAAAUAUCAAAGCUAGUGCGCAAAUUUGUAGAUUCUUGUAUAGUAUGCAAAGCUUCGAAGGGCCCGUCAGGCGCUACCCAGAUAAGACUUCAUCCGAUUCCUAAAGUUUCCACUCCUUGGUAUACCGUACACAUUGAUAUCACGGGUAAACUCAGUGGAAAAAGUGAUCGCAAAGAAUAUUCAUCGGUUAUUAUCGAUUCCUUCACCAAAUACAUUCUUCUUGAAUAUACCCUCUCUUUAGAUUCAGCAAGUGCUAUUAAAACUCUAAAAAAGGCGGUUUGCCUUUUUGGAUCACCUAAACGUAUACCAAGGGAGAUGCUAUAUAAGGGCCGAGUUUAG